AUGCUACUCGAAGAAGAUCCAGCGACUCUCCUCCGCCACACCAUCUCGAAUUUCAGCACACAACCCGACCGCGCAGCCGUCUCCCGCAUCAACGAGAGUCUCUCAACACUACAGCAGUCACGCGAGCUGCGCCUAAAUGACGCAGAGACAGCUCUUCGGAAACUCUCGCGUCAACUGGCAACUGUCUCAUCCCAGCAUAGAGAAGCGACUGGCUCGCACGACGCACAGCGUCACGCGAGUGAGAUUGUAGAGCUGGACACCAAGAAAUUUCGAGUCGCUAAACAGGCUCAAGAGCUGGAAGUUGAGGGUGAAAGGCUUGAUUCAGAGCUUGAUCGACUGAGGCGGCGAUUGGAAGACUUGGAAGAGCAGGGCGUAGAAGGAGAUGCACAGGCACGCGCACAGAGAGAGGUGGAUGAUCCUACAGUGUUGAGGCUAUGGCUCUACCGAUCUCUAGGAAUCACGCUCGAACCAGAUCACGCUGGCAACUACAACAAGGCGACUGUAAACAAUACCAAGAAGGGUGAUGUGCAUAUUGUGAACGUUGAGCCGCAGAAAUUCAGCAAGUAUUUCUAUGCCGACUAUUUCUGGAGCACCAUGCAAGGAUAA